AUGGAUCAGCGUCUAUUGACUUUUUGUAGCCUUCUACUCGUUGCUGUCGUCGCAGCCGAUAACAGCUUCAACAAGGAGGAGUUAGCAGCUAAGAUCAUCUUCGGCCUCAACAGAGUACGCAACCGGUUCUUCCUCAGCAAAUUGAUCAGGGUUACGUCAAUCAGAGCAGAGAACUCACCCAGAGGUACAAUUGCCCAUUUGGACGCUUUCAUUGGCUCAACUGAUUGCACAGUAUCAGAGAUGUCCAAGCUCAACUACCAGAUGCAGCGCUGCACCUUGAACGAGAAAAAACCAGCUGAGUUUUGCAAGUUGAAAGCCACGGAGAUCGAUGUAAUCGUUGUAAUUGAAAAGAUGAACUGUACCAACGUGCCAAUGGCUGAAGCUACGGGGCGAUGA